AUGACGUUAAAUGCGCUGUCAAGUUUCAAGGACUGCAAUCUUCGAAACGAGCUGAAACCGGAGACGAAAAGCUUGCUGGAUGAGCUUCAAAAUGCAAAGAUAGACGUUUGUAUCAGUACAGGCGACAACGCACUGACAGCGGUCCAUGUUUGUCGCGAGUUGGAGAUGCCGUUGAAACCAAAAAUCGCGGUGGUAUACGUGGAUCCAUCAACAAGAAACACAGUGUACAUUUUAUCCGAUACUAUCAAGCUAUCGGAGUCUGCACAAUGGGAAAACUUUAAUAGUCGCACGAUGAAUCAAAUAAUGGAGGAAUGCGACCUCGCCAUCACUGGUGCAGCGUUAGAGAAACUUUGGAGCAAAUGUGGAGGUGACACAAUACAGCGGAUCAUUAAGCAGACACCGAUCUUUGCUCGAAUUCGUCCACAACAGAAGACAUGGUUUGUGGAUCAACUCAUUGAAAUAAGGUUAAUCGUCGGUAUGUGUGGCGAUGGUACCAAUGGUUGUGGAGCAUUGAAAGCUGCUCAUGUCGGUUUGGCACUAUCGAGUGCUGAGGCGUCAAUUGUGGUGCCGUUCACGAGCAAAGCGAAGGUGAAGGUGAUCUAUGAUGUGCCUGGCACAUAG